CCACCCGACUACAAGCUCCACAGAGCUGCCGGAGGACGGUUGCUUGGUAUUAGCAAGCGGGAAGUAUGGCGGUGGCACGCGUUGACUCGCCUUUGCCUCCUGGAGAAGGAUCAGUGGUCAAUUGGUCAGGGCAAGGGCUACAGAAAUUAAGUCCAAAUUUACCCUGUGAAGCUGAUAUUCAUACUUUGAUUCUGGAUAAAAACCAAAUUAUUAAAUUGGAAAAUCUUGAGAAAUGCAAGCGAUUAAUACAGUUGUCAGUGGCUAAUAAUCGGCUGGUGCGGAUGAUGGGUGUGGCCAAAUUGACCCAACUCCGGGUGUUAAAUUUGCCUCAUAAUAGCAUUGGCUAUGUGGAAGGGCUAAAGGAACUAGUACAUUUGGAGUGGCUAAAUUUGGCAGGAAAUAAUCUCAAGGCCAUGGAACAAAUCAAUAGCUGCACAGCUCUACAGCACCUUGAUUUAUCAGACAAUAACAUACCCCAGAUAGGUGAUUUAUCUAAAUUGGUAUUACUGAAGACCCUGCUUUUACAUGGAAACAUCAUCACCUCUCUUAGAAUGGCACCUGCUUAUCUACCCAGAAAUCUUGCUAUACUUUCUUUGGCAGAAAAUGAAAUCCGGGAUUUAAAUGAGAUUUCUUUUUUGGCAUCCUUAACUGAAUUGGAACAGUUGUCGAUCAUGAACAAUCCUUGUGUGAUGGCAACACCCUCCAUUCCAGGGUUUGACUAUCGGCCAUACAUUGUCAGCUGGUGCUUAAACCUCAGAGUCCUAGAUGGAUACGUGAUUUCUCAGAAGGAAAGUUUGAAAGCUGAAUGGCUCUAUAGUCAAGGCAAGGGGAGAACAUACCGGCCUGGCCAGCACAUCCAGCUUGUCCAGUAUCUGGCCACAGUCUGUCCUCUCACUUCUACACUGGGUCUUCAAACUGCAGAGGAUGCCAAGCUGGAGAAGAUUCUGAGCAAGCAGAGGUUUCACCAGAGGCAGUUGAUGAACCAAAGCCAAAAUGAAGAGUUGCCUUCUCUUCCUCCUCCUGAAGCAAGGGCACCCCUGGUACCUGAGCAUUCCAGCCCUGCGCAAGGUUGCCAAAUAGUCCAGGAAAGCAAACCAGUCAUCCAAGUGAAUUCUUGGGUUGGGAUAAGCAGAAAUGAUGACCAGUUACAUAGUGUUAAGAAUAACUUUCCAGCCUCUGUACAUUCUACAAGAUACUCUCGAAAUGACCUGCAUCUGGAAGACAUACAGACCGACGAGGACAAGUUAAACUGUAGUCUUCUCUCUUCAGAGUCGACUUUUAUGCCAGUUGCAUCAGGACUCUCUCCAGUGUCACCGACGGUUGAGUUGAGGCUACAGGGCAUUAACUUGGGCCUAGAAGAUGACAGUGGUACAAAUGAAUCUGUAAAAGGGCAGGAAAACCAGGAUUUGGAUAAGGAAGAGGAAAAAGCUUUCUGGACUGCCAAUGAGAAUUCUGAUCAAAUGACGAAAAGUGCAGUCAGUAUUGAGGUAAAUGAGAAAGAUGGGCUGUGCCCUUGUCCUGAACCAACAGUAACCAGUGCUGUCUUGAAAGGUGAUACCCACAGUCUUACAUCUUUUCCUGAGUCAGUUGGAUACACUGUCUUCCAUACACAACCAGACAGUGAAGAAACCAUGUCUCAGACAGCUUCAGAGAAACCUCCCUGCAGGGUUUUAACCCAGAAAUCUGCUGCUUUGGGACAAGAUAACACUGCCCUUCAGAAACUGAAUGAAGCAGCCGCCAAGCUUCAGGCCUGUUGGCGAGGCUUUUAUGCCAGGAACUACAACCCUCAAGCUAAAGACGUACGCUCCGAGAUCCGGCUUCGCAGAAUGCAGGAGCACGUUGUCUGCCUGACUGAGGAAAUAAGGAGGUUAAGAAAAGAAAGAGAUGACGAACGUAUUAAAAAUUUUGUACAAGAAGAGGCUGUCAGAUUCCUUUGGAACCAGGAGCAUCUCCAGUUUGGUCACGUCGCUGACAAGAAAAAAGCCUUAAAACGGAUGCUCCCUGGGGAAACCCUGACGUCCGAAGGCUACAAGAAACUGGGCCCCAAGAAGGCCUAG